AUUGUCAUUUUAUUUAUAUUCUUGUGUUUCUAGUCAAGUUCUAAAUUAGACUCCGCCUCCAGCUGCAGUUUACAGCUUUCACUACUUCACCAUUAACGACUUGGACAAGGAUAAUAGAUUGGAUGGUAUUGAAAUCCUGAAGUCUUUGAAUCACCAGCAUGGAGGAGAGCAGGGACUUGAUGAUCAUAAUGUAUCAGUUAUAGCUUUGACGAUGACAGAGGUGGAAUUGGAACAGGCAACGGACGGUGUGCUGAAUGAAUUGGACAAAAACGGUGACGGUUAUGUUGACUAUGGAGAAUAUCGCACUGCAGUAGCAUUCUAA